AGGGGUCUCUUUUAAAAGAUUUAUUUUGGGAACAGGGAGAUAUGAAGGGCAGAGGUUGACAGAUACUCUCAACAGCUGUUCUUCCUGGGCAGGAUGGAGGUUAUAAAGAGAAGCCGCCACCCCCCUCCCCCCCAGCACCUUUAUUACUCUAAAUUACUUGAAAUUUCAUUCAUACAGUAAGAGAAUCAUCUUCAGGCCCUUGAUGUAGACACCAGCUCUCCAGAUGUUGAGAACAGAAGAUGUUUCCCCAAUUGUUGAAGAAGCACUCUCCAGUGACCACAGAUAGAGCAGUGUGUUCACAACAAAGCAAGUUCUGAAGUGCUUGACUCAGUUUAACGGAAGGAGCACGUACACAAUUUCCUUCCCACCUCUGCUGUUACUGCAUCACAGCAGUUGUUGUCAGGUGACAGGAAGCACACCUGAUGCACUGCAGCACUGCCUCUCCUCCUUUCCUAGGUUGUUCAUUUCCCUCUUCUUGUCUAGGGUCUUUGCUUUGUUCCAUUCUACUGGAAUAGCACAAAGCAGUUGAACCAAACCAUCCCUCUGUUUCAGUGUGUAGGUACAUCAGGCCUGAAACUGGCCACUUGAAUUUAAGAUCUGGAAUGACAGAAAGACCAGAAAGGCCAUAGGGAAAUGCUGAGGAUUCUCCCACAAGUGCACCUGAUAAAAGCCCAUUUGGGAAAGGAAGGUAAAGCAUCACCCACAUGAUAAGGAAACACUGGAAGAUUGGAACAUGCUCUCUCAAUAGCUGCAGAGCACCAGGGGCUGAAGACCUUCUUUAUUCUCCUUCAAAGGAGAGGGCCUUUCUGAUGACAGUCUUGGACUCUUCCAUUACUCCUCAUGGAUAAAGGGCACGCUUUAGCCCAGGAUUUCCGGGAUCUGUUGCACUGUUUGAGAAUGAGGAGCAAGUAUGCCAUUCUGCUGGUGUUUGUGGUAGCUCUUGUCAUUAUUGAGAAGGAAAAUAAUAUCAUAUCAAGAGUAUCAGACAAGCUGAAGCAAACCCCACAAUCCCUGAUGGAGGCAAACAGCACAGACCCUGGCUUAGUGCUAGCAGAAAAUGGGUCCCUCUUAUCCCUCAGUGAGCUGGACUCUGCCUUCUCUCAGAUCAGAAACCGGCUUCUGAAUGUUACCCUGCAGCUAGGAGGGAACAGGGAGCCUGCUGUGGCCCCUGCCAAGGGGCCCCGGAGACAUGUACUGCUCAUGGCCACCACCCGCACAGGCUCCUCCUUUGUGGGCGAGUUCUUCAACCAACAAGGCAACAUUUUCUACCUCUUUGAGCCACUCUGGCACAUUGAGAGGACAGUGUCCUUUGAACCUGGUGGUGCAAAUGCUGUGGGGUCAGCCCUUGUCUACAGAGAUGUCCUGAAGCAGCUGUUUCUCUGUGACCUCUACAUCCUGGAGAACUUCAUCAGCCCACUCCCUGAGGACCACUUGACACAGUAUAUGUUCCGGCGAGGCUCAAGCCGCUCAUUGUGCGAAGAGCCUGUAUGCACCCCUUAUGUCAAAAAGGUCUUUGAGAAGUACCACUGCAAGAACCGUCAGUGCGGCCCCCUGAAUGUGACCCUUGCAGCGGAGGCCUGCCUACGCAAGGACCACAUGGCUCUCAAAGCUGUGCGAAUACGGCAGCUGGAGUUCUUACAGCCAUUGGUUGAAGAUCCUCGCCUAGACAUGAGGAUCAUCCAGCUGGUGCGAGACCCACGGGCGGUGCUGGCUUCACGCAUGGUUGCCUUCUCAGGCAAGUAUGAGACCUGGAAGAAAUGGGCUUCAGAAGGAGCAGCUCCCCUCAAUGAGGAUGAGGUGCAGCGACUGCGAGGGAACUGCGAGAAUAUCCGUCUCUCAGCUGAACUUGGCCUGAGGCAGCCUGUGUGGCUGCGGGGCCGCUAUAUGCUGAUUCGCUAUGAGGACAUUGCCCGGUCCCCACUCCAAAAGGCCAAAGAAAUGUACAGGUUUGCAGAUAUCAGCAUCACACCGCAGGUGGAGGAGUGGAUACUGAAGAACACGCAGGCACCUCAGGACAGCAGUGGUAUCUACUCCACCCAGAAAAACUCCUCAGAACAGUUUGAGAAGUGGCGCUUCAGCAUCCCAUUCAAGUUGGCCCAGGUGGUACAGAACGUCUGUGGCCCAGCCAUGAGUCUGUUUGGCUACAAAGUAGCCAGCAAUCCUGAGACCCUGACAAACCGAUCCAUCAGCCUGUUAGAGGAAAGAAGGACCUUCUGGAUCACGUAAGAUCCUUUGUUGCUGGUUUUCUAAAAAGAAAUAUAUUGUUAGACUGACAAAAAUAGAAAUGGAACAUGGGAACAGCUGAGGAAGCAGGAACGGGGCACCAUGCCCUGCUGACCUGUAUCACACCCUCAUCUCUAAAGCUUGUGUUUGACACAUGCUCCUUGUUCAUUCUAGGUGUUUUCUGUUUCUCCAGAGGACAAGAGGGCAUUUAGCCACAACCAAAAGCUCAGCUCUCUAGAUGGAGACUGUAAUGUGGCAACCCUCUGAACUAAGCAGAGCUCAAAUGCUGGCAGUGGGAAGAACCAAAGCAAUAGGUGCCAGCUUCCAUACCUCAGCUCUUAGCUUUCUUCCCAGCGGAGGCGCCACCCUUUGCUGAAAAGGCAUUUCUGCACUAAACAUCCAAAGAGAGAAUCCUAUUUUUUUUUAAACUGUACAUUUUAGAGUCCCUCAUCCUGCCAAGUACAAGAGGAGGUGGGAAAAGCCAAGGAGUGCUCUGAUAUUACCUGAGGCAGACCUGGCUGUUGUGGUUUCCUUGUUGGACAGAAAUGCCAAGAGGGACUUGUUUCAGGUUUGUUGUCAAGAAACAGCUUAGUAAAUCCCCAACAAUGGGGAGGUAAGGGAACAAGCACCCUAGUGACUGCUGGUAAACAUUCAAACCCAGGAUAUUGUGUGGGUGGUCUUCAGACCCUGAAAUAAACAGUUGUUCAAAUUUGAAGAGACAUGAGUGGGUCCUACAAGGACCAGCAAACUAUCCCCAACUCCAGGGAUACAGGACAGACAUGCAGCAAAGUCAGCAACAGCUGUACUACAUUAGAGAUUAUUGGCCCAGGUGCAGGAUUCCUCAUGUUGGCUGCUUUUUGUCUUGCUAUCAAAUGCACCAAAGCCAGCAGCUGAGAGAUGGUAGAGAGACAAUGGGAAAGCUAUUUAAGAAAGAGCAAGAGAAAGCAGUCUUCCCUAUCUCUGGGGACUGGGCUUGCCUUCCUAAGUGGUAUCAACAGUUUUGUCUUUUACUCCCCCAUAAAAAAAUCUGCAAGCCGUUUCCUCAGCAACCCCUUGAUAGUAGCUGGUGUCUACAGAACAACAAUGAAUGCUUUUUUGCCUGGUUGUGGUAGGGCAUUGCUGUAGUUGUAUUUGUGUCUUGUUGCUUUUGUUUCUCUGGAGUGCUGGUUGGAGGUUGGCAGUAACCCUCCAGCCCAAAGAAGAGGAAAUUGUUUGUCCAAUUAGUUUUCUUGGUGGGGAGGGAGAGAGGGGAGGGGAAGACUGGGAUAUGGGCAAGUGGGACCUUGUCCAAAGUUGGGCAAUAGAAAUAGUUUCUCUAACAGGAAGACAUGAGCGCAGAUUGCAACAGACCAAUUUCUAGCAUGUGCUGCUCCUUGUCCAGCUGCACACUUAAGCUUGGUUUUGGUUACCAGGAGACUGGUCUCUCACCUUAGCCAAGUCUGGAAAGGGUUAUUGGACUCCCUUGCUCACCCUUAAAUUAUCUUCAGGGCAGAAACAUCAAAAUAACAUGCUGGCUAAAAGUGAUUUUUUUUUUUUUUUUUAAUGUUAUUUUUCAAGGAGCAGCGUUAGGUUCACUUUAAUUACAUUUAAAGGGAUUCCAUCAACAGAUAACACAUUCCUUCCUGGAACAUGUCUUGACUUAGUGUUGUCCCAAAUAACACCAUAGAUUAUGCUAAAUUCACAUAUUGCAAGGAAAAUGUUUUUCUCUGUUCUUUAACAUAUUUGCUUUUUGCACUUGCCAUGAUCUGGGACACAGUUGCUUCUACUGUGCCCUCCUGUGCUAAUGGCUGGUUUCACUUCAUAUUCUCAUGCACCAGCAUGAGAUGGCAUUAUAAUUAUCAUGCACAAGGGUAAUGAGGAGUACAGCUGGGUAGCAGAGAAGGGGGAAAGCUGCUUUUAUCUCCUUUGGACACAACCUGGGAGUGCUGAGGAAGCUGGAGCUAGAGAGUAAGUAGAGGAGUAACAAGGUAGAAGCUAAUCAGGAGAUGAUCCAGACAAAUUUUGUUUAAGGCCUCUGUCAGGCCUUGCUAGUGCAGCUCACAUAAACAUCAGCAAGAUUGAACAGAAACAUGCAAAAAAUACAGGCAAGAUAUUCUGGCCAGAACUCUCAAAUCACAAAGCACUUUAAGACAAAUGGGUAGUUGCUUAAUCUAAAAGAAAAUUAAGUUGAGAGAUACUCUGGCAAAGAUAGCAACGCCACACCUUUCCUUCUAAAAGAUACCACAUAAUCUUACUAAUGAAUCAUACAUUGUUAAAAUUGUAAUCCUUCUAAGGAUCAAAGUUUGCUUUUCAGUAACUCUGCAAGGUAUUCAUUUUCUGUAUCUCCCAGAGUUUGGACAACCAAAACAGAGAUGAGGCAGUUCUUCUUUGCAGCUCACCUGUGCUAACACAAUGCAGCAGCAUUUGGGUUGCAAGCACUACAAGAAAAUAUUGAGCAAAAAACACCUGGAAACUGCUUCCACUGACAUUUGAAAAAAAAUCUUGAAAACAUUUAUUAAUUUAGCUGGUUUUGUAAGUCCCUUAGUUUUUAAAACCUACAUUUGCAGCCUAACUCCUUUUAUAUUUUUUGCUUUCCCAGAGAACUACUCAUGGCUGAAUGCAGUUUGUAAAAGUGGAAAGAAACAGAUAAAAUCCCCACAAGCUUCAAAGGAGGCUCUUCCAUGUGUACUUUUAUGACAGAGAUUCUGUAGUUUGCAUAAUCAAACUCAGCACCCACCAAAGUACUUAUUUUAAAAUACUGUCCCCCAGGUUUUUGAACCGCAAAGGACCAGUGAACAACUGUCAACAAUCUUUCCUUACAUAUAGUCAUUCAUUUGUUAUUUUUUCCCUGGUGCAGAUAAACAUAAG